AUGGAGAGUUACGGAUUACAGAGAGCCAGAAAUGCCGUUCAAAUAGUCAGUGGCGUAGCUUUAGCCUGCAAUCUCAUGGUAGUCGUUAUCUUUGCCAUUAAGAAGCACCUUCGAGUGAAGUAUUAUGGCUUCCUCUUUAACCUCGUGCUCACUGACAUCGCCCACGCCACACUGGCUAUCGUGUUUAUUACGCAGUACAGCCCCCUAGCCUCAGCUCUCUUCCGCACCUCGUUCUUUGUCACGGAGCUGAAUGUUUUGGCGGUAGCGGUCAACCGCUUGAUGGCGCUCUCCAUCCUACCCCCGGCCCGCUACGACGCAAUGGUCACACCGUUUCGCAUGUUUGUGGUCUGUAUUCUCUUCUGGGUGGUGUCUGCGGCCAUCUAUAUCCCUACGACAUAUGCCGUCAAUUUGCCUGUUGUUACCCGUUUCAUCCGACCACUGGUUGCGCUGGCUAUCCUGGUGCUAACGCUAGCCCUCUACUGUAUAGUCUUCUGCAAACUCGCCGCUUACCGUUCUGCUGAAGCAUCGCCAACGACUAACAAAGACAAUGACCAGACCCAGACCCGCAUUACACAAACCAGAAGUCUCAUGAUGACCUUCUCCAUCAUCCUGAUCAUGUCCUUCCUGUGUUGGAUCCCGUACUGCAUCUGUCAGUUCAUGAUGUACUUCAGCGGCAAAGAUUGGUACGGCCAAACGGAGCUCUUCCGGAUCAUAUUUAUCUACACUUUAGCCUGGCUGAUGGUGAACUCGGCAGUCAAUCCGUUCAUCUACUGGUGGCGUAUCCCAGAAAUCUGCGGUAACCGCUCAUGUGCCGGUGGAGGAAAGACCAGCGGUGAUGCGCUAGUGCUGUCUACUAACAUGGGGACCACCGUGGAGUCAACAACUAACAUGUAG